AGGACAACGAAUCAUAAAGUAGCCACCAGUCACAAGUCACACCAACGAACACUAAGUACUUAUUUUUGUGUGUCAAAAAGUAGAACAAUAGUGUUCUUGUGUUUAGUCCUCGUUAUUUUUAAUGGAGAACGGAUCGAAACUGAGCAGCAACAGCAAGAAAUGGGGAUUCAAGAAAGACACCAAACAGAUGACAAAGGCUUCAAUGACUACAAUAAGAGGUGUUAUCACUAUGCUUCAGGAGAAUCUUGACAAAGAUGAUGUUAGAUCAGUUGUUCCUCUGUCCCAUGGUGACCCUUCUGCAUUUCCGUGCUUUCGAACCACCCCUGUUGCUCAGGAUGCUAUUGCUGAAGCUGUUCGUUCUGCAAAGUUCAAUGGUUAUUCUCCCACUGUUGGCAUUCCUCCUGCAAGAAUUGCUGUCGCGGAGUAUCUCUCAAAAGAUCUUCCAGAAAAGUUGUCACCAGAUGAUAUUUACUUGACGGUUGGUUGCACACAAGCUAUUGAAAUAAUAUUGACGGUUCUUGCUCGACCUAAUGCCAACAUAUUACUUCCAAGACCAGGUUUUCCAUAUUAUGAAACACGUGCUGCAUUUAGCCAUCUUGAGGUACGGCACUAUGAUCUUUGCCCAGAAACAGGCUGGGAGGUAAAUCUUGAUGAAGUUGAAGCUCUAGCAGAUGAAAAUACUGUUGCAGUUGUUGUUAUAAACCCUGGAAAUCCUUGUGGAAAUGUCUACACAUAUAAUCAUUUAAAAAAGGUUGCCGAGACUGCAAGGAAGCUUGGUAUACUAGUGAUUGCUGAUGAGGUUUAUGAUCAUCUUGUAUUUGGAAGUAAUCCUUUUGUUCCAAUGGGAGUUUUUAGCUCAAUUACACCAAUCGUUACCCUCGGGUCUAUAUCAAAGAGGUGGCUAGUACCCGGCUGGAGACUUGGUUGGCUCGUUACAAAUGAUCCCAAUGGCAUCCUCAAAGAACAAGGGAUUGUUGACUGCAUCAAAGGCUUUCUUAACAUCUCCUCAGAUCCUGCAACCUUCAUUCAGGGUGCACUGCCUCAGAUCCUUGGAGACACAAAAGAAGAUUUCUUUCUGGAAACAAUCAAUUCGCUGAAAAUGAACGCUGACUUUAUCUAUUCUAGACUUCAAGAAAUUCCUUGCAUUGUAUGCCCGAGCAAACCUGAAGGAUCUAUGUUUGUGAUGGUGAAUUUGAAUCUUUCACUACUUGACGACAUCAAAGAUGACAUGGAUUUUUGUGUUAAGUUGGCUCAGGAGGAAUCUGUAAUGAUUCUACCAGGCAUUGCUGUAGGACUUAAGAAUUGGCUUCGCAUCACUUUUGCUAUUGAACCUUCAGCCAUUAAAGAAGGCUUGGAGAGAGUCAAAGCUUUCUGUGAUAGGCAUGCAAAGAAGCAGUAAUCCUAUAUCCUGACAUGUAUCAUCGACUGCAGGGGACUUAAAUUGAAAGUGGUGAUUCGGACUUUGUGUUGUAUACAACAAUCUUUUUAGUGUUCACUUACAGCUGAUAUGGAAGAUCUCUAAUAAAAAUCCUUUAAAGAAGGGGGUUACAGGGCUAGCCGUUGAUCAUCAACUAUGUGUCGGAUCUUUGCUCUUCCCUACACAGUUCAGUACAUUUAUUUUACUUAUGGAAAAAAAUAUGUGUAAACAGUUUCUUAAACGUAUCUAAAUGAUAAUUUACUGUAUGGCAUCUGUACUGAUUCAUUCUACUGGGUAACAAAAGCCAAAGCUUCUUGCAUCAGUUCACCUUUGUACUUGAUUAAACAGAGUUUUCGAAUUUUCCUAA